AUGGUCGUUGUUGACAAGAAAAAAGCGUACACUCUGAUAUUUAUUCAAGACGAAGCCAACCAAAAGGUCCUUCUCGGAAUGAAGAAGCGUGGCUUUGGUGUGAAUCUCUGGAAUGGAUUUGGAGGCAAGGUGGAACCUGGAGAGAGCGUAUUGGAAGCUGCACACCGAGAAUUAGAGGAAGAGGCGAUGAUCAAAACGGAUCACCUUGAAAAGAUUGGUCUCAAUGUAUUUACAUUUGAAGAAAGCCCAAUGGCACUUGAAGUCCAUAUAUUCAAAGGAAAGACUUUUCAAGGCACACCUACCGAAACCGAGGAAAUGCGACCCCAAUGGUAUUCGUAUGAUGACAUUCCCUAUGACAGCAUGUGGGCGGAUGACCGACUUUGGUUACCCUUCAUGUUGAGUGGACAACCUUUUGUGGGUGAAUUCCAUUUUCCCAAGGAUGAGAAUGUGGUGCUUGAACAGAGCUUACAAAAAGUGACGACUGUACCGGAAGAAUGCCGUCUUGAUCAGCGGGUGUUAUCAUAUGGUAGAGUUAAUGGUGCACAAUAG